GUCCAGAAUGUGAGUCAGUCUCUGGAGGUGGUGGACCUGAGGACAUCCAGAGACCUGCAGUACGUUCGAGACUCUGAGCCCCUGCUGAGACGGGUGGAUGGACGUUUACACACUUACGUGGAAAAUCCUCGCACUCUAACAACCAAGGGCCUCCAGGAGCUGAAGGGUCAGGUGUCUCAGCUGCGGCCCCUCCUGUCAGUGGUGGAGCAGUACAGACUGGACCUGCAGACGCUGGCCACCCUGCGGUCAGAGCUGCUCAACCUAUCCAUCAUCCUGACAGCUAUUCAGGAGGAGAUUGGGGCGUACGACUACGAGGAGCUUCAGCAGAGGGUGUUGCUGCUGGAGACCAGGCUGCACAGCUGCAUGAACAAACUGGGUUGUGGUCGUCUGACUUCUGUGAGCAACCCGAUUACAGUGAAAGCUUCGGGGUCCCGCUUCGGCUCCUGGAUGACUGACGCCAUGAUCCCCAGCUCCGACAGCAGGGUUUGGUCGAUGGAUGGCUACUAUAAAGGCAGGCGGGUGCUGGAGUACCGGACCAUGGGGGACUUCACAAAGGGCCAGAACUUUGUCCAGCAUCUGUUGCCCCACCCUUGGGCAGGAACCGGUCAUGUGGUCUACAAUGGGUCCCUCUAUUACAACAAGCACCAAAGCAACAUCCUGAUCCAGUACCAUUUCCGCUCUCGCAGCGUGUUGCUGCAGCGCAGCCUGAGUGGAGCUGGAUACAACAACACUUUCCCCUACAGCUGGGGGGGUUCCUCUGACAUCGACCUGAUGGCUGAUGAGACUGGACUGUGGGCCGUCUACACCUCCAUCCCAAACGCAGGAAACAUAAUGGUGAGUCGUCUGGACCCUCGAUCGCUGGAAAUUCUCCGGAGCUGGGACACUGGAUUUCCAAAACGCAGCGCCGGGGAGGCCUUCAUGAUCUGCGGCACCCUUUACGUCACCAACUCCCACCUAGCCGGCGCCAAGGUCCAUUUCGCCUACCACACCAACACCUCGUCAUACGAGUACACUGACAUCCCCUUCCACAAUCAGUACUCCCACAUCAGCAUGAUGGACUACAACCCCAGAGAAAGAGCACUGUACACAUGGAACAAUGGCCACCAGGUGCUCUACAACGUCACGCUGUUCCACGUCAUCCGGAGUGACGGCUAGAACGACGGSAGCUUUUCAAAUGCACUUCAGAARAACGCACAAUGGCUAUUUGCAUCAACAGUUAAAAUGAUUACCACUUGUGUUUGAGUUUGAAUGGCUUCCAGACUGCUGAGCUAAUAACAGGACAAAAUACAAGACUCUUGAACACCAGAAUCAUGGGGACAUGUGAGCGUAUUCAUCUCAGCCUGAUAGAACAAACAAAGUGGAAAUAUUUUCAGCUCAUCCUUAUUCUGUUUUGUUUCAGUCCACUCGUAGAUCAAGAGGUAAUUUUGGAAGCUGAGGGGAUACUGAACAAUAAUACAAAUAGUAAAGUUGUUUUUUUUUUUUUWACCUCACUUUAACCAUCAGGCUUUGAUGACAGCCCUGUUGGACUUGUUCUGGGUUUGUGAUGUGAUUGUCAAUGUGUUAGGUCAGCAUGGUUGUUACUUCAAUAAACUUUAAUGACAAACGUG